UUUUAACCAACCAACAAUAAACCACAGAAGAAGAAGUUUAAGUUUUUCUUCCUCAACUUGCCUCCAAGCAGCAGAAGCUCCCGAAGCUGUGAAGUCCAGCUGCAGAUUUGAAGCCUGGUUCCGACCCAAGAGCUUUGGAGCAGAGCGGUUCUGCGGUCCAGGAGUCCAGAACCCCCAGAGGAUCCUCCGAGGAGAAGCCCCUACCUCCUUGUUUCCUCGCUGCUUCCUCACAUUCCUUCCCUUCGGCCUGAAGGAGGAGACGAUCGCUGCUGCCUGAAGCCGCCUCACGGACACCUGGGCCGCUCAGAACCUCCUCCGGACCGGGAGAAGAGCUCCGCAGGCUGCAACUCAGGACAUCUCUCCCAAGAGCUUCAGCUGAAAAAUCAGAACAUCUGAAGACCCAAGAGGUUUUGCAGUUUAUCAGGCAGGAGUAGAAUGGAGGAGGAGAACCUUGGGAUGAAGAUUGAGGUGAAGGAGGAGAACCAUGAGAUAAAGAUUGAGGUGAAGGAGGAGAACCAUGAGAUGAACAUUGAUGUGAAGGAGGAGAACCAUGAGGUGAACAUUGAGGUGAAGGAGGAGAACCAUGAGGUGAACAUUGAGGUGAAGGAGGAGAACCAUGAGGUGAAAGAGGAGGACCAUGAGAUAAAAGCCGAGGUGAAGCAGGAGGAAUACCAGGACCUAGAACCGCACCACCACAGUCUGGACACCACAAAUGAAACCAAACCAGGCCCUUCCUUUGGUUCCUCUGAUCUACAGAGAUUGAACUAUAAAAUAGGGGUACGCAAAAUAAAAUCAAAGACAAAAGGAUCACUGAGUGGAACCCCAGAUGAACCCCAUAAUACCAUGGCCAGACAAAGGAAUACGGCAGCAGAGAAGACUUCACGGAAGAUUGAAAUCGGAUGGCUUCAUUUGGGCAGUAGUGGAUACAGUCAAGUCCGGACCAACAGUGGUGGAGGCACCAGAAAGGCUACGUUGGCUAAAACCACCACUGUUGCUCAGAUCGUGGAGUUAGGAAAGGAACUAUUUUUCCCUGGUGGGCUGUCCACUAAAGGCCCGGCUGAAGACUUCACGUUUGACAUCUGCGACUUUAAAAUGAACAAGAUUCCCUUUGACAACACUGUUGGCCAAAUGUACAAACAAACGACACUAAAGCUCCUCAGAUUUUACAUUUGUACUAAAGAGGGAGCUUCAACGGAUCACUCGUCUGAGGAAAACGAUCCACCUGAAGAUGGAUCCCAGUCAGUCGUCACAGAUCUGCAGGAUCGUUCAUGUUCAUCUGAUAGUGACGGAAGCGCCCAGGAAACUGAAUCACGCAAAUCAAUCCCAGACAGUGUGUGGAUGUCGCGGCUGAGGAGUUUUGCUGCCACAGGCUCGUGGCCUGCAGAGCAGGGCAACAGGCCAGCACCCAGACAGGAGAAGUGGUACCAGCUCUAUCACAUGAUUGAGAAGUGUCCAGUGAUGCAGCCGGGGCACAAGUCUCUAUUUGGAGGCGUCAGGAGAUGCUUUUGUGGAUUCCACACCCAGAAGCAGCAACCAUCUCCUACCAGACCAGAGGCUGCAGCUGCUGCACUGGGAGAAGUGCAUGAAGGCCACAAGCAGCAACCACCACCCAACUCCUCCAUGCCGCCCAGUCUGUGUACGGAGGACGCACCGCCUGAGGACGAGCGCUGGAUAACACAAGCCUUGUUUAAGAUAGGCUCACAGGACGACCUGCAGCUGUGGUACUACCCACCGCAGCCGGGUCCCCUCUACCACCAGCCGCCUUCACCUGAGCGCUUCUCGGCCCUGCCGCUCUUCCUGUGGAUGCCCUACAGGCUGUGGGAGGUGAAGCUGGUCUGCCCCAGCCCGGCGUGCGGUGGGCAUCAGCUGACCGGGGCGGGGCUGCACCGGCGGGCGCGGCGGGUCCUGGACGUUGACCGGAUCUACAUCAUGGUCACUGAGAGGCUGACCUGUACCAGAUGUAAAGCUUCACAGCUGUCCUGGAGCCAAGCUGUGCUCCAGCAGCUGGACGUGGCCCACAGAUCAGAGUUUAGAGUCAUCAUGACUCAGAAGUAUGCCUGUGACGUGCGGGUGGUGCGGCUCCUGCGGGGGCGGGGCUUCAGCCCCACGCAGGUGUUACAGCAGCUGAGGGAGAACCACUCAGAGGAGAGGCUGCUCCGCGUGUCACGCUACACCACCGAGUGUUUGGGCUUCCUCCAGCGCCAGGCUCUGCUGCCGGUGACGUUCCCGGAGCCUCCGGAGCCGGAAGUCGUCCCCAGCUGCCAGUGGCUCCUCUCCGUCUACAGCCAGGACAUUCUGACGAGGCUCGACGACAUCAAGGCCCACAUCACCUCGACGUAUGGCACCAUCCUCAAGAUGGAAUCCACAAAAAAGGUCCCUAAGAAGCUCGCUGGGACAGCAGAGGGAUCGGGUCUGUGGCUGAGCUCCGUGGGAAACGAGCACGGCCAGAUUCUGAUCAGCGUCCUGACCGCUCAGGAGGGAGCUGCUUUAGACCGCAUGGCCCGUGGCCUGGUGCAGCGGUACCAGCAGGCCGGUGUGGAUCCCCCUGUUGUCCUUUACGUGGACAGCGGUUGUUGUGCCGGGGCAGCAGAAACGACCAGGUUCAGCGGGUGGCCACAGCUGGUGGUGAGGCUGGAUGUUUGGCACUUCAUGCAGCGGCUUGCCCUGGGAUGCACCAGCGAUGCCCACCAGCUGUACCCGCUCUACAUGUCACGCAUGUCGGCGUGCAUUUUUGAAUGGGACGCGGCCGAUUUAGCACUGCUGCGUGAAGCCAAGGCUCAGCAGCUAGUGGCCCAGGGACUCCCUUCCACAGACGUGGACAGGCAUCUGACCAGGGAGGAGUUGGCUCUCCACUGCCGACGGAGGACACGAGGAGUGGACGCCACCUUCCGGCUGCUGGAGGAGCUGAUUGCUGCCCUGAUGGGGCCCCAAGGCAACGACUCCCUGGGCGUUCCUCUGUUUGAUCAGGAGAGGAUGCAGCACAUCUGGCGGGUCCAGAGGAAGCACGUGAAGUGCAUCCAAGACCCAGCAGGUGUCGCUCUCUACACUAAAACCGGGGAGCUGACCAAAGGAGGCGUGCGGCUGCCGGUGUUCAGGUGUGCCCGAGGCUCAACCUCCUUGGAGUCUUUUCAUCUCCACCUCAACCGCUUCAUACCAGGAACCAGCGCCAACAGCCUGAAUUUUCAGGCUUACCUGUUGGAGGGGCUGCACAGGUGGAACCAGGACCGGCGUGCUGGCCUGGCGACUAAGAAGUCGUCUCUGUGUCACUACUCUGGUGAUUUGCUGCAUUCUGUCAAUCAAAACUACCAGAAGCUGUUUGGCAGAAAGCUGGUGCCUGAGUUCUGUCCGCCGGCACGGUACACAGGUGAGCUCAUCGGACUGCAGUACCUGUUUCAGCAGACUGGUCAGCCGCUGCUGGACAUGAACCCAGACUCAGAGGAGACCGCUCGCCUGGUUGAGGAGCACGAUGUGGGGGUCAGUGAGGAAGAUGAGGGCUUCUCUGAGCUCACAGCCGACCCCACAGUGAUGGAUUUGAAGGUUUCUCCCACCAGGCUGCCCUCCAGCAAAUCUGAGGCUGGAGAUAGCUCAGAUGAAACAAUGGCUGUUGAUGACCAGAAGGUGCCAGGACACCAGCACAUAGACAGGCUGGCUGACUACUUGGUGGGGCUUCGGCUGCAGACCUCGCUCCGUCUCACCGACCUACAGGCAGACCGUAUCACAGAGCUGUGGCAGAGGCUGGAUGACGGGGACAAGCAGCGGGUUGUUAAAGCAGAACGCCACCAGGAGAGACUUUUAACUGGACGCCUUCGAUCACCAAAGAAGCGCUCCAAAACUCCUGAAGUGGAGAGCCCAACCCGCUGCGUGCUAGCUGCCGGCAGCGCUCCGGCACAGAGGCCUGACUGCUGUAGGCUGGUGGAGGCCAUUUUUAUUAGACUCUGUGGUCUGCACCCAGCCCCCAAAAGGAAAGGCAAAGGGGCAGAAUCACGGUGGUCCCUCAUUCUGAGGGACUAUCAUAAAAUCAGGGAGCUGGUGGUGGGUAAUGCCAGAGUGAUGCAGGGCACAGAUAUACAGCUGGUGGAGGUUACCCAGAACUCCCUGGUCCAGUGGAACCAUAGCAGGCAGCAGGAGCAGGAGCGGUCUGGGCUGCUUCAGGGAACCGCUGUUCCUCCACGUUCAGGUGUGUCUAAAGAACCACUGAAGAACGCUGUGCCAGCGCAGGACCAACAUCGGUAUCAGCUGCCAGAACGUGCACCCAGACAGGAAAGACCGAGGCAGGCAAGCCUCCCAGAAGGUGCCGCCAAAAGGCCGCUCUAUGUGCCGCCCGUGGUUCUUCAGACUCCAGCAGGCCAGGCGCCCUCGGCUGCUGGGAUCCCUCAGCAGGCCUUCACACAGGCAGUGACACCUGUAGUUCUAUAUCAGGUAGUCAUGCCUGCAGAGGUGCAGAGAACCUACGAGCAACCUAGAAAAAAGAGGCCAUAUAAAAGAACGGUGCAGGCUAACACCUGCAAGAAGUGUGGCCUGUUCCGCACAGUCAGGACGGGGCACAGCCACUACCGUGGGAAGGUCUACUGCCCGCAGACCGAGGUCCUGACGAAGCAGCAGUGGUUGGAGGAGAUGAGGAAGGAGGCCAGAUAGGUUUAUAAAUUAGUGUUUCAUUUCUGUGAACGUUUGUAGUCUUGCUAGUGAUGUUUGUUCACUUUCACUGGUGAAUCCGUUAAUAUUAGGUCUUAUAAUUUUAAACGUUGCUGACCUUUACCUUUUGCAUCUUUUUUUUAACUUUAGGAGAUUGAAAUUCACAGAAAUCUUUGUGAAAAAAUGUAAAGACUUUUAUUGCCUAACAGCUUUACUGAAAAAUAAAAUAUACAUACUUGAAAUGUAAUGAUUGCAUCCAUUUUCUUAAAUGUUUUCAUUGUACUGAAUGAUACUGUUAACAGUGUGUUUAAAUGACUU